AGCAAUGAGCAAGACUCGAUAGUGGCGCCAAUCGCGAGCUUCGCAGCUACGCGUCAGCGUCGAAAUCUGAUCGCUAAGAACCCGAUCACCCAGCCCGACGUAUGUUCACAGAUAAUCCAACGUACUUUUCGGUGGCGGGACCCGGUUCCUCAUCCGGCGGGGUCCCAACGACUUCGUCGUCGCAGCCGAGGAGUCUGGCAUCGUUCUUCCGCCGAAAGGGGGACAAGAUGAGGUCCACGACAUCCGCGAGCGUCGCGUCGACCUCAACGAUCUCAACCGCCAUCGCCUGCAACGCCAUCCAGAUAAUCGACAAGGCGAGCAGCUCGUCGACGCUACCGGAUGAUCAGAUCCUGGCCCAGACCGGGGGCCAGUCGCUUCAACCAGGUGGUACGACGCCCCAACGACGCAGCUUCAAGAACUUCUUCCGGUCUGUUAGCGCCAAUGCUGACCCAGAGAAGACCCAGCAAUUCCUCAACGGUGACCCUCGACCCUCUGACGUUGCCCCACCGUCGCCCUAUCUGCCACACAGAUCCCAUUCACACUCUGAAAACGACAGACGCCGACCCGGGAGGAAGAAGAUCCUGAAAUCAGCGAGCGAACUUCUGUCCAACGAUAUGGUUUACUGCGGACUCGCUGGCGAGGACGUCGUCAUCGGACGAUCGACGGCCGAUCCUGGCGAGGAGGUGUUCCUUGGCACAGACGACGCCAGGUACUACAACGUGUCGGCCACUCUUCCUGUUCCUGGAUCAGCUGCUGCUGGUCGGAGGCGACACUCGAUUGGCACUUUCUUGAACAAGACAAACGGAUCGAAUCAGUCGGUGAAGAAGGUUAUUGAACCCCUCAGACAACCGGAUACCAUGGCGCCUCCAGUGCCGAUUGUUGAUGACGAGAUUACCGAACACAAACAACCCCAGGAAGCCAAGGUCUCUCGUCGACGACGUCACAGGAGCGCAUGCAGCAAGGGGACUGCAGUGAUGCCGCCCCUUACUGGAGACGCCGCGAUAGACGACGUCAUUCUGGUAUCAAGUAAGGAAAGCGAGGUUGCAGUGUUGUGGGUCAACUACCUCGUAUCAUGCUUCGCGCACAUAAGCCAACAGCAAGGGCGACCACCCUUCAAAGUACAGCACGUGACCGUGGAGGAAACGAGGACCCCAGAAGCAGAGGAGAAAAUAAGUGCAGCUCGUCUUCGGAUAAUCGUCUUGUGCCCGAGCCUCUUGGAGUAUGCAACCUCGAAUCCAGCGCAAGCAGCUAGCCUCUCGAGGCACUUGGUUUCGGAUAAGGUCCUGGCCAUGAUGCUCGGGGUUGACGACACCCACGUUACCGAAAAUCACAAGGCUGCCCUGGUGUCCUAUAACGAGUGGAGAAAGUUCUUCGUCAAAGAUAAGGAUGAAGAUUUCGUCGGCGAUCUUAUGAGGGCGGCAGUAACAGUCCUGGGAACUUCACCUUAUCAAACAUCGAAGAGUGACCAAACGUCCUUUUCUAUUCUGCCAAAGAAAGUCAAAAUGGGCCAGAGCAGAGUCAUCGCCUUACUGAACGACCCUCUUCUGCCAGAGGACGUGGUUACAGUGGUAGUUGACAGAUGUGGCGAAGCCAUAGUCGUGUCGCAUAUGAAAAAAAGAAAUCCUUAUACCCUCCAAUUUUCGAUACCAGACAGAUGCCUCGAAGUUUCCAUGCUCGUUGGCGUUAGAAUUUCCAAAAACGGUGAAGCUCUGGGUGUCCGACAAGUCAAAUGCGAAAGUCGCUUAAGGGAGUUGGAUCAAAUUUUAAGGGCCAAUGACAAUCCUCUGGAAUUCAUGUGUCAGACUCUGGGCUUUAAUUCGGGAGACCGCGAACAGCUGGACAAUUGGAUGGUGCACGCUUUUCAGCGAAACUUACCACCUCAUUUUAAUCUUCUGUCAAGUCCAGCUGGAACUGUGCCAGCUCAUAAAAAUCACACAAGUCCUGAAGAGACGCCGACGCUUCUUCAUUUCGCAGCACGCUUUGGUCUGGAAAAAUUGGCUUGGCAACUUCUAGACUGCCCGGGUGGUGACUUAGCAUGUGACCUUAGAAACGUGUCGGAGUUGACCCCAGCCGACCUUGCGGAACAAGCUGGCCAUACGAAACUAGCACAAACUCUUCGUGGCUACGUGCAAAUGAACGAGUUCACUAACAUGUACACUUACCUGAAAGUCAUGAGCGAGUCAACAUCAACACCAAUGCCAGGUAACCACACCCCAAUUCAAGACAACGAGGAUGAAUACUGCCAACCCAGAGCCUUGAAUGACGUGUACAUGGUGCCCCCAACAGCUAGACCGGUGACUUCCAUAGCUCCUCACUCAUCUCCGUGCCCUUCUUCAAGCACUGUAACAGAUUCGAAUAUGGGUGACUACGCAAUAGCUCCAGCACCGACACCAGUGCAAAUGAUACCUCCUCCGACAAGCACGGUUACAAAUGGACUCGAUCUUCCAUUUCAUGGUUACAUGGAAAUGCACCCUGCCAGCUUGAAAACUCCGGUUACACCAACACUUCCUCGGUCCAACUUUAUACCCGGUAACUCAGGGACCUGUGAAACAGUUACGGAACAAAAUCGUGAGGAAUCAACACCGACGCCAAGCUUAUCAGGAAAAUCAAACUUUGCCAGACCACGUGAAUAUGCGGGACCGCAAGAUGAGCUCCUUGAAAUUAUACACGACUUCAAAAACAAUGUAUUCACCAUUUCUGAGGUUGAAAAGUUAGUAGAUUCUUGGAAGAAACGUAACGAUGUGCAACAAAAUUUUAAAGAGAAAGACAGACAGUUAAUGGCGUUGCGAAACGAGUACGAAAUUAUGCAAAAAUUAUUGAGGGAAAAAAUGAAGAGGCCCACACCAUUCGAUAGAGUGCGAAAACUAUUCGGUAUUUCGAAAAAAGAUACAAAAGACAACUUAGGUGGAGAAGACAUACCGGUACAAAAUAAGAACAACGCAACUACGAAUACCCGCCGACCGGUUAGCAGUUUGAGUCUUCACAGCGUGUCGAGUUCAUCCUCUUCGGGACGCAUGAGUAUGGUUAGCGAAUGCAGUGGAACGAGCCUCGGCGAUAGUGGAACUCAUUCUGAUCCCGAGGAUCGAAAACGUUCUAGUACGGACAAAGAAGAAUCAAUAUACUACGAAGUCCCACCAGCACCACGUCCAUAUCCGCAAAGGUAUUCUCCGGUACGUUGCGGUCCAGCAUCGAUCAAUCCAAUCGGUACCAACAGCUUGGGCCGAAGACCACCAAAAACCGCCCCGAAGCCAGCGCCUGAAGCGUUCUACAUAACCUGCACUCCAUCCGGAUUACCAAUCCACUCCUUCAAAGCAGACGGGACACCUAGAGAGCCAAAAACUCCUAUCUCGCCAACCGACCAGCCUGAUUACCUUGAUCUUCCAACGAGAGAAUCUACUAAUGGUGAUUCGAACGCAAAACCUGUUUUUGGCAGCACAAUGACUCCUCCACCAGGGAUGUGCAUUCCUACAGAGUACGUGAGCAAUCAGCCUGUUCUAAUCUCGAAACAGAGGCAGAUCACUCGAGAACAACCGACUUCUGGGCAACCUGAAUUAGCCAGUAACUCUGAAAAGACGAUUGUUCGAGGUAACGAAGAAUACGUCGAAGCGGAUGUUGUCACGGAAGCUUUAACCGGUGAUACUGGACUCUCGGACACGUCGGACCUUCCGGAGUACGUCAACGUCGAAGUGCCUGCGACGACGACGACUUUGCCAUCCGAGAUCAAGAAGUUACCUGCGCCUCCGGUGCCUCCUCGUGUUAAGACUGUUCGUUAAGAAAUGAAAUAUAUAAAGGUUGACAAAUAAGGCAUCUCGCAAUGUGUAAGUGUAAAUAUAUUUUCAUAGCGUAUAAAGUGAUUAUAUAACUAUACUAUAUGUAUAUACAUAACUAUUUAUAUUUAGAUUCAGAAUUAUUUAAUUACAAGCAAAACGAAACACACACUUACAGUUGAAAUUCAACUCGUAUAGUUUUGCUUAAGAAUUUAAUUCUAGAAAUCAAUCCUGCAUGCAUGUUACGUAGUUUU